GUUCCUUCUCUCUCCGUCUCCCGUCGCCAUGUCGGGCCCGGCCCCGGCCUGGGUGCCCACCCAUGUCCAGGUGACGGUGUUGCGGGCGCGGGGGUUGCGGGCUAAAGCGGCGGCGGGUCAAGGAGGCAGCGAUGCUUACACCGUGAUGGCGCUGGGCCGGGAGAAGUUCUCCACCUCGGUGGCCGAGCGGUGCCAGGGAGAGCCGCUGUGGCGGGAGGAGGCCACCUUCGAGCUGCCGCCGCGUCCCGCCGCCCUCCGCCUCACCGUGCUGCACCGCGCCCUCGUCGGGCUCGACAAGUUCCUGGGACGGGCUGAGGUCGACCUGGCGGCUCUGCGGGCUGAGGGCAGCCGCAGGCACAGCAGGUGGUACAAACUUCGCUCCAAGCCUGGCAAAAAGGAAAAGGAGAGAGGGGAGAUUGAGGUGGAUAUCCAGUUCAUGAGGAGCAACAUGACAGCCAGCAUGUUUGACCUCUCCUCCAAGGACAGACCUCGUUCUGCCUUUGGCAAACUCAAGAAUAAACUCAAGGGGAAGAGGAGCAGUGGCCUCUCAGACACAGCAUCAGCAAUCAUUCCCAGCACGACCCACUCCCCUGCUGACAGUGAAGAUGAGGCAGUGGAGAAGGAAAAGAAGAAAUCCAAGUUCAAAAGCCUCUUUUCCAAAGCCAGCCUGCAGAAGAACUCCCUCUCCCAGUCCCUCUCAGUCCUGCCCACCCAGAACCCCAGCACCCAGAGGGUUCGGCUGCGGCCCAGUGACUUCCAGUCAGAGUGGGAUGAUGAGGAACUCGAGGCCUCUCCUGCCUCAGAAAGAGCCUUUGGAAGUCCCUUGGAGGAGAAGUCCUCCCCUUCUCCUGUAUUUAAAGCUCGUAAAACAGCAACUUUGGACAGCAGGCAGCUAAACCCAGUGACCACCAGCCACACCAAGAGAGAAGGGCUCUCUUUAUUCAGUGGCCUUAAAUCCAAAAGUGAUCCUGCUUCCAAGUCCAGUCUGUGCAUCAAUGGCACCCAUGUUUAUAUGGAAGAGAGCACAGUGAAGGACAACACUCCAGCCUCUUCCCCCUCUCCCCUCAACUUCAGGAGGAAGCAGCUCUUUGCUUCUGAGGAGAACCUGACUUCCAGGUCUCCUAAAGGAGCUGAAGAUCCAGGCAGAACAUCUCCCAUUCCUGCUCCCUCUGGAUCUUCAUCCUUGGAGACCUUUAAAUCCAUGACUUUGCCAUCAUACAGGUUGCUCAGCACUGAAGAGUAUCAGGAAACCAACUCCCCUCUGAGUCUUGAGGUCGUGAAAGAGACCAAAAAACCAGAGCCCAAGAAGCCUCCCUUGCUGUCCCUGGUGACAGGGAAGAAGGAAGCAGCCAGGAGCAACGAUGCUGAGAAUAUUCCCAGCAGGACCCCCCAGGAUGAGGAAAGCAAAAUUCCAGAAGAAAAGAGUGAACACAAACACCUUGCCCCUCCAGCAGAUGUCAGCAGGGGGAAUCCUCCAGAAGAGAGGCAGCAUGCAGGAGGUGUCUUGUCCAGCAAGCAGCCUCCCAAUCCUUUUGAGGAAGAACAGAAACCUGAAAAAACUGCUGCACUGCCCAAGACCAAAGCUGUCAAACCCAGACUGGGCCUGACUUCAGAGGAGGAACCCAAAGCCACCCUUCCUACUCUUGCACCUCAGUCCCUUCCUGCUUUUCUCUCUGUGCACCAGAUCAGCAGUGACAAAAAUCCUUUUCUUUCUAAAAAAGAACAAAAAGCCCAAGUGCCCCAGUCAGAAAACAUCACUGCACCUUCUCCUCCUCUUGCUUGGAGAGGCAAAAACCCCUUCACCCCCCCGUGGGACAGGGCACCCCCAGCCCCCCACCCUGACACUGCUGCCCACUCCCCUUCACCCCCUCAUCUUGCAGCCUCAGCCCCCAAAAAGGGGCAGAUCCCUGCUAAUAACCCUUUUGCUUCUGCCUGGGGGCAGAGCUCUGCCCCAAGGGCUUCCUGCAGCCCACCCCCAUCUCCUCUCCCCCCCUCUGACUCUCAUUUUAAGGACAAUAAUCCCUUUGGAUCCAAGCUGGGGUGGGAAUCAGAGGGGACAACUUCCAAAGCUGUCACUAGUUCUUGCUGCCUGCCUCCUGAUGGGGAGCAGGAACACUCUGGGUCUUUAGGGAACUCUUCAGAUGCAGCUUUACCUGGUGAAUUCCCACCUUUCCUUGGCAUCCUUCCUGACAUCCCUGCUCUGGCUCCAGAGCAGCAGAGGGAUUCUCCUCAACUUGAGGCUGAGACUUCCAUGAAAAAAAGGAAAGGAGGCCAAGGGACACCUGUGUCCCACCUCCUUCAUGGCUCAGAGGAUCCCAGGGCUGGUGGGGAGGGCUUUGAUGGGCAGGAAUGUCAAAUUCCUCCAGGAGGAUCUGCCAAACCCACCUUGGGACCUUGCAAGCUGCCUCCUGGGGAAACUGAGGCAGGGAGAGCUGGAGGGGAGGUGGCUCCCAGGCCAGCACCAAGGACAAAGCACCCCGUGGUCCAUCAGGCUGGUGCCUUAAGUGCUGCUCUGCCUUCUUCAGGCAAAAGUUCCCAAUCUCCACCUGGGUUGGCACCACCCAGUGAGAAAACCUCAGAUCCUGGGGGGUUUCCCCCCCAGGGUGGCUCAGGGGACACUGUCACCCCAGCAGUGACACUGAGAGGCAGCAGGAGCCUGAGGAAUGAGGGUGAGGAUGAGUUGUUUGACUCUCUCAGACAGCUGAAACCUUCCAGCCCUGGCACUGCAGACCCUGGCUUGAAGCUGGCUGGGCUUCCUGCCAUCCCAGAGGGAAGCUCUGAUGAUGAGCUGCUGGGUGACACUCAGGAGGACUGUGGUGUCCCUGCAGGUGACAAAGCCACCCCAGAGACUGGCAGACAGUCCCGAGGUCCCAUCCCCCUGCCUGGGGAGCUGGAGGAGCUCUCAGAGUGUUCUCCUGCAGCCCAGAGAACCCCAGCUGCUCCAGGAGGAGAGGGAGGAGGUGCUGCUGGUGCUGCUCAGCCCGUGCCACCUGCCAGGGGUGACAUUCACAGUGUCACCAGCCAGGCAGGUGACAAAGCCACCCCAGAGGCUGGCAAACAGUCCCGAGGUCUCAUCCCCCUGCCUGGGGAGCUGGAGGAGCUCUCAGGGAGUUCUCCUGCUGCUCCAGGAGGAGAGGGAGGAGGUGCUGCUGGUGCUGCUCAGCCCCUGCCACCUGCCAGGGGUGACAUUCACAGUGUCACCAGCCAGGCAGGUGACCCAGGCCUAGGUGGGACAUCUCAUUCUGGGGAGAAUCAUCAUGAUUUGGAGAAACACAAAGCAAGGAGAAGUGCAGGGGCUGAGGAAUGUCUGGGACCUGACUUCUCUGAGCUUUCUUUUCCCUCUCCUUCCCUUCCAAGCCCUUCCCAGCCCUGCUCUGCUUCCCCUUCUUCCCCCUCUGACCCCCAAAAUCAUGGAGCAGAGUCUCCUGAAAAGCCAGCAGCCGAGGGCUCCGCAGAUAAAGCAGGAAAUUCGGGGAAGAAGAAGCUCCUGCAGGCAUGGGUUUCACCUUCUGAAACCUUCCCUAAGCCCCCUCAGCAGAGUGGUGAAACCCUGGCUCCCAAGCACAGGCUCCAUCCUGUGAAGCCCAUGAACACCACAGCCCCCAAGUCCCAGAGUAAAAACCUCAAUGUCAUCAGCACCAUGAGUGAAAAGCUGCUGGAGAUGAACGUCCAGAAUUAUCACCCCUCAGACCCUGCCUAUGCCUACGCCCAGCUGACCCACUCCGAGCUGAUCCAGCUGGUUUUGAAACAAAAGGAUACAAUUUCCAAGAGGGAUCUGCAGGUGAGGGAGCUGGAAGAUUACAUCGACAACCUCCUGGUCAGAGUCAUGGAAGAAACCCCAAACAUCCUCAGGGUUUCCAUGGCUGGCAACAAAAAAGCUGGGAAGAUGUAGAAGGUUUGGGGUUUGUUUUUUGGGGGGGGGAAGUUGGUUGAGCCAACGGAGUGGAAUUCCCACUGCUGGGAUUUGGUGUGAAGUUGUGCUCCCCUCUUCCUGCCUUGAGGAAUUCUCUGUGGGAUUCAUCCUGAUGUUCUGCCAGGAGUGGAGUCAGCUCACCAGAUUUGAUUGAUUUGAUUUGAUUUUCUUGGUUUCUUUCCAUUUUUUGGGGGGAAGAUUUCUUCAAGCAGCUGAUCCAAAAGCUGGGAGGGUUUGUGCUGUGUUUUGGAGGAUCUUUUCCCAGAGCAAUUCCUCUUCUUUUCC